UUAGGGGUGUCCCAUCGGCACGCGCAGACAGCGGAGAGCAGCUGCAGUAGUGGGGAGCUCGGCUUGCAUUUUACAGCAUUGCAAGUGACAUUUUCACAGUUCCUCUCAGAUUUUCAGCGAAGCUACUAGUACUAAGAGAAAUAAAAAUGGUAGAUCGCGAGCAGCUGGUGCAGAAAGCCAGGUUGGCCGAGCAAGCUGAAAGAUACGACGAUAUGGCGGCUGCCAUGAAAUCGGUGACUGAAUUGAAUGAAGCUCUUUCAAAUGAAGAAAGGAAUCUUUUGUCAGUAGCCUACAAGAAUGUAGUUGGUGCAAGGCGCUCUUCUUGGAGAGUCAUUAGCAGCAUUGAGCAGAAGACAUCUGCAGAUGGCAAUGAGAAGAAAAUUGAAAUGGUACGUGCCUAUCGUGAGAAGAUUGAAAAGGAACUGGAAGCAGUGUGCCAGGAUGUCUUGAACCUCCUAGACAACUAUUUGAUCAAGAACUGCAGUGAGACACAAUAUGAGAGCAAGGUUUUCUACUUGAAGAUGAAGGGUGACUAUUAUCGCUAUCUUGCUGAAGUGGCCACAGGAGAGAAGCGGGCAACAGUGGUGGAAUCCUCCAAGAAGGCCUAUAGUGAAGCCCAUGAUAUCAGCAGAGAGCACAUGCAGCCUACACAUCCUAUCCGACUUGGGCUAGCAUUGAAUUACUCAGUUUUCUACUAUGAGAUCCAGAACGCACCUGAUCAGGCGUGCCAUCUUGCUAAAACCGCAUUUGAUGAUGCCAUUGCAGAGCUGGAUACCCUAAAUGAGGAUUCUUAUAAGGACUCCACCCUAAUCAUGCAGCUUCUUCGUGACAACUUAACACUCUGGACAAGCGAUCAACAGGAUGAUGAUGGCGGGGACGGCAACAAUUAAGCCAGAGGACUUGGCAGCUGCAGCCAACGCUACAACCGCAAUCUUUAUUUUUCCACGAUAAAAAGGGGGGAAGACUUCCAGUAGUACCUUCUUAUUGAUUGCCUCUUCAACAUUUGCCAAAACACCACUAGUGGAAAGUCAGAGUGGCUGUUGCUGGGUUCGAAUGGCAGCCUCGCACUGGCAUAUGGACUGUUCUGUAGUACAAAAACAGGUGGAGCUGCUUAUUUAACUUAUUUAAAGUAAAUAGAUAGAAGUAAAUUAAUGAAAGAUAGAACAAAAUGUAAAACUUGAAUGUGAACACCUCAAAUAAAAAAGCUCACAAAUGAUGGUUCCAGUAAGCAUACAGGAGGGUUGAAUAGUCCACAAUUUUCUUAUAGCUUUUAAUAGUGAACUUGCAGUUUCAGUCGGGGAGGGUGAAGGUAAGGUCAUUUUCGUUCACUUAAUAGACUCCUGAAAAUGUGUGACCUAGGCACUUGGUGAACAUAAAGAAAUUUAAAAUGACUAGUUUCUGCACUCGCCCUUUUAACUGUUUCUGAUUAUUUACUGGAACCAUAUCUCUUUGGGUUAAGGCUUCUAUAAAGACAGAGUAUAAAUGUGUAAUAUGAGAAAUGAUCUUACAGCAGCUUCGAGGUAAUUUUUAUUUCAGUUUUUGUUUUGUUUUUGCUUUUAUUUUUUAAGAAAUGCACUUGCCUAUGAUUAUAUUUCUCCAGUGUAAAAAUGAUUACUGCUCCAUUACUCUCAGUGACAUCAUAUAGUGCAUGCUGGUGACGUAUUUAAAGACAAUAGCUUGGAUUUAUUAACUUAUAAUGUAGAUGUUAUGUAUUCCUGAGAAAAAAGAAAUAACUAGUCUUCAGACUGAAUUUUUUUCUUUUUUUGUUUAUUUUUAUUUAUUUUUAUUUUUUAAAUUUGCUAAAGUGCGCUAUACCAAACAGUGAUCGUUAACAAUUAAUUGAUCUGUUAUGGAUGUUGCUCUAGUGACAUGCAAUUCUAUAUUUGAUUCAUUAAAGAUAAAAGAAUAAAAAAAACACCAGUUUUAGCUUAAUCUUAAUGUCUGGUGUUUGUCAUGGUGAAAUUAUUCUAAUUAUCACGGUGUAAAUGAUUACUAUGUCGUUCUUAGAAUGAAUUUUUUUUGUUUGUGAUUUUUUUGUCAUGUUAUGCAGUGAACUAUUUAAGGUUUGAACAGUGAUUAAUUUUUCAGAAUCAGUGUUUCUGUAAGGAAUUAUUUCACACACGGACCAUUUCCUAGCCGUUCCUUCAAUGAUGGAGUAUCUUGAAUGUGUCUUUAUGUAGCGAUCGCACAAGAGCAAAAUAAACUUACAGUUCUGUUCUACUGCACCACA